AUGAGUGGGCCCAAUUCCGUCGACGCUCCCAAUUCCAAAACCGGUUCUUCCAAGCCCUGCGGCAAAUUCACUUAUCCUCUUAUUGUGUUACUAAUAUUACUGUUACUGACGACGUUCGCCUUAUUAGGGUACCUAAUAUGGGAUAAGGCGGCGCAAGCGUCGGUUUGUAUGACACCCGGCUGCAUACACACGGGUAAGCCUAAGCAAUCUCUGAAUUAAUGAAAUUGAAUCUCUAAAACCUAUAAGACAAAAGAGAAACCUUACCUUUUAUCAAAAACUUGACAAAAAUGUAAAAACAGAACACUAACAUAAUAUUGUUUUAGCAUCGAUUAUCUUAAACUCGAUGAACGCGACGGCAGAUCCAUGCAACGACUUCUACGAAUAUGCGUGUGGAAACUGGAUAAAACAACAUCCCAUUCCCGACGAUGCCCCCUCGGUUUCAAAUUUUGAAAACCUAGGGCAAGAUCUGGAAUUGGCCCUCAAAGGUGAAUAUUCAUAAGUAAUUUUUAAAAACUCCCAUUCUAUUUUAAAUAUUAUAUUUUUAUUUCAAAAUUUAUUUCCGCCAGUAAAAUUCCAUUUUUUGUCCGACAAUUUUUUGUUUCAAAAUUUUAGGUAAGACUCGAGCGAAAUGUCAAUAAUUGUGACAUUUUGUUUACUUUUAAUUGGUUUUUGUUUCCUCGGCGGAAGUGAAGAGUUUUGCCUGUUUUUAACACGUUUUAGUGCUCUCAAUUAGUACUGAUUUAUUUAAAAAACAAUUACGAUUAUUUUCAGAGCUGCUGGAGGAGGAAUACGAUCCGAAGAUUGAUGGGGAUGCUGUGAAGAAGGCGAAAAAGUUCUACAAAAUGUGUCUCAACGAAUGUAAGCGGAUAUAAAUCAUGUUAAAGACGUGAUAAUAGCCCUUAUAAUAGGGGAAUUUAAUGUUAAAUGCAUGUUAAUACGACAAACUGUUGAAAUUAAGCAUGAAUAUUGUCCUACAAAUUAUAAAAGGGGUUAGUUUUAAGCAAUUUAAAAUAUUUUAGCCGAGAUCACGAGUACAUGGCGAGCGAUGUUCGAUGAAGUUCGCCGAGAGUUCGGCGGAUGGCCUUCAUUAGAGCCUGUUGGAGCACCACAUUCUAUCAGUAUUGAGCGACUGUAUGGUAUCAUGGUAGCCAAGUUCAGAGCAGACUCUUUGUUCAAAGCUACAGUCCAGCCAGACGACAAGAAUUCGGAAAAACACGUUUUGUUGGUAAGUUAGGACAAGUAAAAUCAUAACUUUAGAAAAAAAUUAUACUUUUACGUGAAAUACUUCAAAGAUAAUAUUUUACUUUAGCUAUACGAUAUUGUUAAAGUGAUUUAUGAAAAAAGGACAUUAUUUUGUGUUUUAGAUUGACCAACCGGCUUUGAAUCUGUUUGCUCGUGACUUCUACAUGUUGUUGGAGACAGAAGACGAACGGUUGGCCUACAGAACCUUAGUAAGAGAUGUUUUGGUACUUUUGAACGCCGAUGCCAGCAUUGCUGAACGAGAUUCUAUCGAGAUUCUGAAGUUUGAAACCGAAUUGGCCAACGUAAGGGUUUUGUUAAUAUUAUUUUAAAACUGGUACAAUACACAAUUUUUAUGAUUUUAAAUUUUUUUAAACGUUUUACUAGUUUAAGUGAGUUAAUAUUGUGGGAUAAAUCACAAGAAUCUAAUCGAAAUGAUAUAGAUAACAGUAGCAGAAGAUCAACGGCACGAUAUCUCGGAGUUGUACACGAAAUGGACGAUCGGAGAGAUGAGAACUCAAUUCAGAAACUUUGAUUGGCUUUUGUUUUUCAACACCAUCUUCGAGAACAUCAAGGACAAGAACGACACGGUCAUCAGGUUUGCUGAAGACACAGAAGUCGUCAUCUAUGGAGUCGACUUUGUUCAUCGCUUCGACAAGUUACUGCCACAGUUUGAGACAAGGUAAGAGUGUUAAAUUUUGGCUUUUGCUAACUAUAUCAAUCGAAUUGGUUGUUAUUAAUUUGGAUAUUUUGAUCAAUGAAUAUUAUUUUCUUAUAAUAUGAUAUUGUUUUAGGGUAAUUGUAAACUACUUGUCAUGGUGCUGGUUCUUUAAAGCCAUGCUACGCGAUCUGCCAGAUCCUUUUGCUUUGACAAUGUUUAAAUUCUAUAGAACGUUGAACUGUAAGUGGCUUUACAUAAUUUUUUUUCUGAAUAUUACAAAGAAUUAACAAAUUUAGGUAACAAAAAACUAUUUUUAAUCAAAAAUUCAUUGAAUCAUAACACUUUGUUAACUUUAUUCUACAUUUUCAGUGAUGAGUGUCCAAAAGCUGCGAUGGCAUGGCUGUGUCACUCGAAUCAACAGUAUCAUGCCCAUGGCCACGUCCAGUAUCUAUAUUCGAAAUCAUUUCGAUCACGAGGCCAAGACUCAAGUAGAAGAGAUGAUCUCCUUGAUCAUGGAAGCCUUCGUAGAGCUACUGGAAGAGGAAGAUUGGCUGACGAAGGAGACCAAAGCCUUUGCCAAAGAGAAGGUCCACACCAUGAAUCAGAAGAUUGGGUACCCAGACUAUCUGAACGACUCCAAGGCUGUGGAUGCAGAGUACAAUAGAUAUGUCCUCAAGAAUGGAGACUACUACAGAACCAAGUUUCAGUUUUAUGAAAUGUACCAGAAGGACAUUCUGGAGAGGAUACGGAUGCCAGUGGACCGGGAGCGGUGGGUGGCUGGGGCUGCUUUGGUCAACGCCUUCUACAGUCCUAAUACCAACGAGAUCAGUAGGUUUUACUGAUUUUAAAGGACUUUUAAUUUUUUUAAAAUGACUUUUUGGUUAUGUUUUGUAGUGUAGUUUUAGAAAUUAGGGUUGUUAUUACGUAUAUUAGAUAAUGAAUUUGAUUUCCAGUUUUUCCUGCCGGAAUCUUGCAACCAGUCUUCUACAACAAACACUUUCCGCGAUCAAUGAAUUAUGGUGGAAUUGGAGUUGUUAUUGGACAUGAAAUAACUCAUGGUAGGUUGGAGAGUUUAAAAAGUUUAAAUUUGUUAGCUUUUGUAAGUUUUAAAGUUGAUUUCGGCAUUUUUUUGGUAUUUUUUGCAUUUUUUAUUCGCAUUAUUAGAUUGUUCAAAUAAUUCUGUACCCCUAGCCGCGAACAUUUGUUUUGAAAAGAGGCACUAAAUUAUUUUAAAAAAUUGAUAUAUUAAAUAUUGUUAUAUUUGGAUGUAAGAUCAACUUUUAAUUUAUUUAAUUUAGGUUUUGAUGACCGAGGACGACUGUACGACAACUUGGGUAACAUACGACAAUGGUGGGACAACGCUACGAUUGUCAAGUUUGAGGAAAAGGCACAGUGCAUUGAAAAUCAGGUAAAACUGUCACUAAUAAAUUGAAACUGAAGUGAAAAUUUAAUUUUUGUUUUAAAUUUUUAUUUUCUACUGUACUUUUGAAGGUAAAUUAUUGUUUUUUAUUUUUGUGGUCACACACAUAGCUAAAGUAAUGUUUUCAGUACUCGAACUACGUCCUGGAGCAGAUUUCGAUGCGAAUAAACGGCCGAAGUACGAAAGGAGAGAACAUAGCCGACAAUGGUGGACUAAAGCAGGCCUACCGAGCUUACAAAAAGUACGAACAGUACCAUCCAGUACCACAAGCACUACCUGGAGUUAACCUAACACAAGAUCAGCUCUUCUUCCUUAACUAUGCUCAGGUCGGUUUUUAUUCAGGAUUAGAUGACUUUAGGUAACAUCUUGGGGUUAUGCUUGCUUUAGACUUGUAUGGGGUGAUAACCCUUACAUUUAUGGUUAAAAAUCUUGCUGCUUUUAAAUAUAAUGACGUUAUUAACUUAAAAUAUAUUGUUGUAGAUCUGGUGCGGCAUCAUGAACGACAAGGAAGCGAUUCGCAAGCUCCGAACAUCAGAACACUCCCCCGGCCCAAUAAGGUAAUUUGUCGUUACUCUAGAGUAUUUCAGGCUAAUUCAACUUAAGAACUCUUACGUUUCUUAAGAAGCCUUGAGGAGUAUAUUUAACUCUUUUAAAGAAUACCCACAGUAAUUGGCUUCGUUUACAGAGUAAAGGGGCCCUUGUCGAAUUCUCACGACUUCGCGGCCGCUUACAAUUGUCCGGUGGGAUCGGCGAUGAAUCCGCUGAAGAAGUGUCGCGUCUGGUGA